ACAGCGGGCACAGAGUCACCGGGCACCGAGCCAUCUAGCAGAACCGCGGGCACAGAGUCACCUGGCAAGUCAGCGGGCACCGAGUCACCGGACAUGUCAGUGGGCACCGAACCAUCUAGCAGAACCGCGGGUACCGGGUCACCAAGCUCGACAGCGGGCACCGAGUCAACUGGCACGACAGCGGGCACCGAGUCACCGGGCAUAACCGUGGGUACCGGGUCACCAAGCUCGACAGCGGGCACCGAGUCAACUGGCAUGACAGCG